GGAAGCAGGAACAAAGGACAGAAUAUGCUGUCCAAAGCCCAUCUGGUUCCUUGCUGUGAAUCCUCCCGCCAGAGAACUGUUCCCGAGGAAAAGGACAUGGAUUACGGAGCCAGAGAGGGAAGGAUCAAGGCAGCAUCCCUGUCAGUUUUCUAUUUUAGAGGCUAGCUUUGUUUUCCAACAUUCAGAAGCCCUGGGCUUGGAUUAAGGCCACGGAACAUCCUGUUUUCCCCCCUCAAGCCCUCGCCUCUCCUCCUGCCGCUUCUUUCUUGCAAGUCUCCCACAACACCCUCCGACAAAACUCUUAAGAGCCGAACAGACUGGGUCCCUUCCUCAUUUACUUCUCGGUUAGAACUGCAGGCGAUCGCAAGACCGCUCAGCCGAUGAAGCCGAACCAAGAAAAGGUUACCCUGAACAUCGGGGGAAUUCGAUACGAGACCUACAUGAACACCCUCAGGGCCCUUCCGGGGACCAAGCUCUGCCGCCUGACGGAGCCCCAAGCCAGCCACACCUUUGACUACGACCCCGACUCCAAAGAGUUCUUCUUCGACAGAAACGCUGCUCUCUUCGAGGAAGUGCUGAACUAUUACCGGACCCAACGCCUCCACUGCCCCGCUGCCAUCUGCAGGUCCGUCCUUGAGGAGGAGCUGGCGUUCUGGGAGAUCCCCCACGUGUCCCUGGCCCCCUGCUGUGGCUGGAGGCUGACGGCCGCUGAGGAGCAACAGGGAGCGUGCAACCUCUGGGAUGACGAGGAGAGGCAGAACGAGGGGCAGGACCUCGGGGUCCAGAGGGAAGGGGGCCAUGCCGGCUGGAGGACCCGAUGGCAGCCCCAAAUUUGGCCACUCUUUGAAAAUCCCCGUUCCAGCUUAGGUGCAAAGUGCUUGGCCACUGUUUCCCUGCUUUUCAACAUCAGCAUAUGCAUCCUUUUCCUGUGGAAGAUCAACUACUCCAUCUACCAGUUUUUCCCACCCCACUCGUUUGGAUCCAAUAACAGAAGUUCCACUUACAAUCACCCUGAAAACACACUUCACGAGAGGUUCCCCAAGCAUCUCUACCUGGAGCUUUUCCACGUCCUCUGGUUCAUUGUUGAAUUUUUCAUGCGAUUCACGUUCUGCCCAAUGAGAAAGAAAUUCCUUAAGAGCCCUCUCAAUGUGACCGACUUCCUUUCUCUCUUUCCUGUAUUCAUUGAACUCUUCUCACAUGGACAUGUCAGCAAGAACGAGAAUCUAGAGUAUUUCUUUGGCUUUUUCCGGAUGGUCUACCUCUUCAAACUCCUGAAGAUGAUCAAGCUUGUAGAGACCCCUCUGAUGUUCAAGAUCCUGUCCUACACCUCCAGGUGUCUCUUGAGGGAGUUCCUCAUUCUUAUCAUGAUAUUUGUCUUGGAAGCGCUUUUCUUCGGUGCCCUCUGUUACUGCUCUGAAACCAUCUUUUUCGGGCAUAUCGAAUCCUAUUUUUGGGACAUGCCCUCUUCCUUUUGGUGGGCGGUGAUCACCCUGACCACCGUAGGCUACGGUGACAUCGUCCCUGUGACUUCCAUCAGCAGAGUGAUAGGCGCCUGCACAGCGCUAUGCGGAGUGCUGACCCUUAUUGUCCCGAUCCCCAUCUUUGUCAUCAAGUUCAAGGGCUAUUAUGACACAGCUGUUCUCAGGGAGAAGAUGAAGAGGCUGAGGAAACAGACACCAUCUCCAUCAUCCUGAGAACUUGCCCAGGGCCCACAGCUUCCAGUCAUUCACUCAAAGAGGCUCAUAAUGUGCUUCCUCAACAGCUUGCUCCAUGUUAAAGAAGCUUCUGCAUCCUUCUUGAUGCAAGCUGCAUCUUUGAACCGUCAAUCCCUCUCCAUCUUUUGCUUUGGCUGACUUGCAUGCUACGUGGACACCACCAGGUUCAUACAGACCCACCGUGCCAGAGGCCCGUAUGAUCUAUGUUCCCAUGAUGGUUCUGGUCACCCAAGCCUUCUGUAAGACUGUUCUCUUUGUGACAGGAGUCUAGCACUGUCUCAGAGGCUCAGAACCCAACAAAAGAGACACCGGGCUCAAGUAGCACUGGAAGGUGAAAGACCACAAACUCCAGAGAAUCCACAAUCCCCAUGCCUGAGAGCCGUACCAGCAAUCCCUAAAAUAUGGCUCCGGCACGGAACACCACCCUCUUCUCAAAGAGACCCAUGAGCCCCGGAGAAGAUACAUCAACAUAAUCAGCCUCCCUGGGAUGACUCUCUGGAGAGACGAAGACGUGAAGGUUCUUCUUAGCAAGCUGUAGGCAAUAGCUAACAACAGUGACCCAAAGAAUCGUAUCUCAGUGAUGUAUUUGAAAAGGUACAAACUAUUUUCCCUUUUAAAAAAAAGUCCACAGUGUCAAGCAACAUAAGCAAAACACAACCAGUAUAGCAAUAUAAAUAUAUUUUAAAAAUAAUAAAUAAUGUUAAUUAAUUAACUAAGUUAACUAUCUAACUAACUAAAACUGUAGGCGAAUCAAAAGGGCAACGACAGACACAGUUCCCAUGUAUUGAAAUUGCACUGAUUGAAACCAACUCCUUCCUCAUCUGGAAACCCAGACAGACGCAUAUACAUCUCAGUAGAGGUGGGGGGAAAUAUCGCCCCCCCAACAGGUGCAGAUAAUGAGGGUCCGGCCCCCUGGGGCAAGACCGGCCACUCACGAUUCCGCCGCUGCUGCAAGCUCCGCCCAACUUUCCUAUCAUUCCAGAGCUCGCGAUUGCUCAUCAUCCCAUCUUCUGCCAGGAGUGGCUAAUCCAUCUCGAGCUCCGGAGUGAUAGGAACAGCAUGUAUAUAGACUUCGUAUAUAUUUGCAUAUGAAGACCCCCAUCUCUACACCUCAGCCAUUCCAAAGUCAAGCACAACAAGAGCAAACUCACUGAAUCACCUCUUCAGAGUCAACAGUUAUAGAAAUCCCAUAGAUUCAAUGGGCCUGCUUGAAGUGUUGAAGUUUAAUCAGUCAAAGCUUAUGCCCAAAGGGAGAUGCUGUAAAAAUAAAACAGAACAAGCUAAGAUUGAUGUAACAUGCAGUUUGACCCUCCUCCCCCCCCCACCCCAGAAUUUUAAGUCUACUGAGAGGAUGAAAUAGGCAGACACGUCCCUCCAUUUUGGAGCUGUGGCAUUUAAGAGAAGAUUGCCGACGACUGAAGGGUAAAAUACGGAUUUUGAUGGAACUGUAUGACGUGACGUAUGUUCUAUUUUACUUUACUCCUACACUUUAUUAAACAGAAAAUUCUGUUG